CCUCGCACCAUCUUCUCUUGAGAUCAAGAUUGAGUAUUCUUGUCUCAAGAAUCGAUAUUCGAGAGCUCUUAUGGACCAAAAUGGUCAUAAAGACGAAGGGGAAACAGUUUCAUGCGGCAACGGUAGCUGCAAGAGCAAGAUCGUGCCUGGAGAUGAUCACGGUGGAGAUGAGAGCAGUGGUAGCAAGAGAAGGAAGAAGAGAAAAUCGCAACAAAAGACAAUGAAACGACGAGAAUUAAUGUCGUAUUGUGAGCUGCCGGACUACAUGAAAGAUAACGAAUACAUAUUGAAUUAUUACAGAGCUGAUUGGUCCAUUAGAGAUGCUUUCUUCAGCGUCUUUAGUUUCCACAAUGAGUCUCUCAACGUUUGGACACAUUUAAUUGGUUUUAUCUUAUUUGUGGCACUAACCGUCGCCAACAUUAUUCAUCACGAUGGAUUCUUCCCCGUGGAUGCAAAGAGUCCAGGAAAUGUAACAAGAUGGCCAUUCUUCGUUUUCUUAGGAGGGUCAAUGUUCUGCCUACUCGCAAGUAGCAUUUGCCACCUCUUCUGUUGCCACUCAAAAGACCUUAAUGUCUUCCUUCUCCGCAUAGACUAUGCCGGUAUCACCGCCAUGAUCAUCACUUCCUUCUUCCCACCAAUCUUCUACAUCUUCCAAUGCACUCCUCGGUGGUACUUCAUCUACCUCGCAGGCAUCACUUCCAUGGGAAUCUUCACAAUCAUCACACUUUUCACCCCAUCACUUUCCGCUCCCAAGUACAGAGCUUUCCGCGCUUUGCUCUUCGCCUCCAUGGGGCUCUUUGGGAUUGUCCCAGCUGUCCACGCGCUAGUGGUCAACUGGGGAAACCCGCAAAGGAACGUGACGCUCGUGUACGAGUUGCUGAUGGCAGUGUUCUAUCUUGUUGGAACAGGGUUUUAUGUAGGGAGAGUGCCGGAAAGGCUUAAACCGGGAUGGUUUGAUCGUGUGGGACAUAGUCAUCAGAUCUUCCAUGUGUUCGUUUUGUUGGGUGCUUUGUCUCACUAUGCAGCUGCUCUCUUAUUCUUGGACUGGCGUGACCACGUUGGUUGUUAAACUAUAUUUGUAAUUCUUUUAAAUAUAAUUAAUUUGUUUGU